GCCUGACUCGACUUUCUGGGCUACCAGUUUGAAAAUACUGUACAGACUUGUAUUUUUAAAGUGAACAAUGUGUGGAGCAAUUUCAACAGAGUUUUCACAUCUUACUGCUGACAAUUUCGAGAGCACUUUGGCCUCUGAUGAUGUAUUGGCUCACUUCUUCAACGAUUUCUUAAGUCUUCCGUCUUUCCCAGAAUCUCUGCUGUACAACCAGGAGACUGGGCUGUUUGAGGUGGUGAGUGGGGCGGCUGAGUUUGUCUCCAGUAGAAUCAAAUCAGUCCUACGCUGCAGCAAAGCACUCCUCCUUACCGGUGACCCCACAGCCCUUGCCAGAACCCCUCUAGUAGACAAUCGUUACCCUGUCUGUUGCCUGGACAGAGAGCAAGGAAUUCAGUGGAUCAUGAAAGAAAGAUUGCCCUUUUUCCUUCGAAGCGAUUGCUACAGUGAAUACAGACUGGCCAAGCUGUUGUUUCAGUGGGACCAACACCUCUGUAUCCAGAGGAGGAAAGGCAGCUCAGGUCGAACCACCCUGUCAGCCCCACAACUGCGUUUUCCCUCCCAAUUUGACAAGGAACAUAACUCAUUAAAGGUCCUAACAUGCUCACAAUCUCAAGACAACAUUUCAGCAAAACAAGGGUCUGUGAAGAUACACAAUGUUACAUGUCUACCGUCUGGCCAAAAGCAACCUAUCAACACAAAAUGCAGUGAAUCACACAGAUGUUUCUCCAGCUUGUCUGAGCAAGAGAACCCAUGUACCUAUUACUCUUUGUCCUCCUCAUCUUCCUUCUCUAAACUUAAAUGUGAGAAAACCCAAGAACUCCAGAGCUCACAAACGCAGAUGAGCCCCUACGUCACAGCGCCAUCAGCUGGCAGCUCAGAGGAGCAACAUCUAAGAGAGUCCAGGAUCCAGAAUUAUGAGUCUUCUGAACUACAGCUAGAGUACUUGGCUGCCGAAGUGGUUGAACAGGUGCUUAACAAUGCACUGAACAUGAUGGAUAGUCAGAGCCAGGCAAACACUUCUGACUGUUUCAGCAAGCCAGGAGACCAGACAAAUUGUACCAGCACAGACAGAUGCUGUGAAUGUAGAGUCUGCCAGCAUGCUGAUGGGGACAGAGAAAGAUUGGAGGGGAAGAAAGAGAAAGUUCAAGAAGGCAAGAGGAGGAGUGGAGUGGAAGAAAAGACACAAUGCUUUACGAAGAAUGGGAAGGUGGGGAGUAGGGGCACAGACCAGGAAAAUGCCCUUGAUAUUUGUUGCCAUGGUACCUGUUGCCAUGGCAACAGACUGGGCUUGGAUGAGUUUAAGGAGUUUUUGCGAGGGACGCCAGGAGAGAAACUGCUUAGUCUCUGGAUCGAUAUAGAGAGACUGAAAGCUACACAGAACAGAGAGCGGAAGAACAGAUAUUUAGUCCUAAUAAGGAGCUGGUACCUGCUGAGCAGCAGCCAGAGAAGUCUAAAUGUGGAGCUCCUCUCCAGACUGGGACUGACUACCUCCCCCUGCUGGACAGAGGAGAAACUGUGCUCAGUUCAGCCCUUCCUCACGGAGUCUCUGCUCUACUAUUGGGCUCCUCGCUUCUGGAUGUCCCAAAGUGUUCAGGAAGACCGUGAUGACUCCCCUCAUCUAGGGCAGUGGACAGAGUGGUGUGAUAGCCCUCUAUCUAUGACCCUGCCUCCCCUCCGCCCUGACAGCUGCCUGCCUCAGACCCCCCAUACUGUGCACACACAGUUAUAUUCUAGCAGAAGUCAGAUGCUGGGCAGCAGAGGAGUGGAAAAGAUGUUGCAGGCUCUUUGUGUUGACUCAUGUGCCGGCUUAUACUUAACAAACUUCUGUGAACAAUCUGGAAACCAGCUGUGGGAGAAUGCAGUUAACCUUUGGACUGACCUGCAGCACUACCAUGAGCUGUUUUAUCAGGAUGGACUGGACCCCUACAGAGUACAGAGAGAGGCACAGCUCCUUUACUCCACCUAUCUGUUCAGCUCUGCCAGGAGGAGCAUUAGUGUUGAUGAGGAGAUCAGAAGGGAGGUAUAUGACCGAAUGAUGCCUGCUUUUGAGGAGCUGUUUGACAAGGUUGAGGAACACACACUAAAUAUCCUGCUGGAGCCGUGGACACUGCUGGUCAGCAGGGACAAAGAGUCCUUCCAGAAGGUGUGUGUGCAGGAAGAGGUGCGCUGCAUUGACAGCCAGGAGUACAGGGAACUCCAGAGUCUGUACGAGGAAUCGGAGCGCCGACUGAAACAGGUGGAGCAAUGUGGGUCCAUGCUAUUUCCCUCUUCUUUUACACUUACUACUCCCCUCUUAAAGGGCCCCCAGACACCUCACUCUUGGUCCAAAGUGUCUCCAAAUUACAGAGGUUACCGUCUGGGUUCCUUACUUCGUCAUCGCCAUGAGAUCGGACACUUUAUGUCCUUCCUACAGAAUCAGGACGCCAGUAUCCAUCUGAUGUGCUGGUUGGAUCUGGAGCAGUACAGGAGGACGUCUCAGAAGGACAGAGUUGUCAGACAGGAGAGGUCGUCUCAUAUUGCAACCAAAUACCUCAACAGGAAGUACUUUUUUGGCACUGACAGCCCCGCCACGACAGAACAACAGAAUGAUAUAUUACGUCUGGCAGGUGGGCUGGAGCGUCUGAAGAUAGAAUGUCUCUCGAACCCAGUCGUUGUGGAGAUCCAGGACGUCGUAAGGAGUCACAUUGAGAAAAAAUGGUUGCCUCUGUUCCUGUCCACAGCAGAGUUCACAGAGCGACAGAAACACCAACCAAAGCCCCAAGCAGCAGACAGGCUCUCACAGCACGUCUACCGUCGACGCAGAACGAGGAGAGAAGCCGGGAAGGCCGAGGGCUUGUGGAUGAGUUCCUCCAAAGAGAUCCUGCUGUUUCGACGGAUCCUACUCAACCCUGUCACUUGUACACAGUUUCAGCACUUUGUUUCUCUGAAGGGAGACUUCCUAGAAAAUGAUGUACUCUUCUGGCUGGAGGUGCAGAGAUAUAAGGACCUGUGUCAUUCUCACAGUGACGAAGCCACCAUCCAGCAGAAGAUCUCCACCAUCAUUAACUGUUUCAUCGACUCCUCCAUGCCCCCCGCCCUGCAGAUAGACAUCCCUCCUGAACAGGCCCAGCACAUUGUGGAGAAACGCCAAGAGCUGGGCCCUUACAUCUUUAGAGAGGCACAGAUGUCUGUGUUCAGUGAAUUGCUGAAGUUUUGGCCUGAGUUUCAAGAGCUGAGCAGCAGCAUCCAAGAGGAGCAGCUCCUUCCUCUACUGAAGGAGAAACGAGUGAAACACACAGCCAGAGUGCGGAGACAGAGGAGAAAGGAGGAGGAAAAAGACGAGAGGAGGAGAGCUCAGGACGAUGUGGAGAGGCCAGAGUCCAGUUUUAGGGAGGAGGAAGAGACAGAUGAUGAAGAUGAGGUAAAGGAAGAACAAGAGCAAAGAAGUGGAAAAAAGCAGUCGAGGACACAGAGCAGAGUGCUGCUGACUCCUACGCAGCCGUUGUCGUGGUCCUACUCCAAGUACAUGGCAGCUCUGAAGAGAGAGGAGGUGCUGCUGAGGAGACAGAGUCAGCUGGAAGCCUCGUUCUCCACAACCUCAGACUCCUCCUCUGACUGCACUGUGAGGUCAGCAGGCAGUAAACCCAGCCGGCAGCAGCCUGCACGUCGCUCCUCCAGGAUGGAGAGUAAACAGUGCAACAGGGGUGUGAGAGCCUGCAACAUGAAGUGA